UUAAUAUUAAGAAUCUUAUUCAGAGAUUAAACUGUUUGAAUAAAUCAUAUCACAGGCUUCAGAACAGGGAUUAACCGAGACUUCAGGUCAGAGCUGUGCAGAUAGCAGAAGCAAAAGAAAAGCAGCAACUAUCACAGAGGAAGAGGAGGAAGAGGAAGACCAUCAGCUCUGUGUUGGGGCCUUAAGGAUCUACAAGGAGUAGACAGAGGAGCACUGUUAGGAUAAGCCUUCCUCCACCUGCCUCUUCAUCCUCAGCUGCUACAAGCUAACGAGCUACACUAAACCCUGCGUAUCACUCAGAGCUUCUAGAAGCCAGGAAGAUCUUUCCAGAAGGAUCGUUUUACUUCCACAAACAUUCCCACAAUGGAUCCAGAGAGAGAGGAAGCAGACGUGUUCUCAGAAGAUGAAGAGCCCAUCCCUCUGAGAGAAGAAGAGGACGAGGAGGAGGAGGAGGAGGAAGAAGAGGAGGACGAAGAAGAUGCCAAGAUCUUCAAUGCCUGGAUGCAGCAGUACAGAGGGGGGCAAAGGAAGCAUGAAGACGAGGAGGAGGAAGGGGAAGAGGAGGAGGAAGGGGAGGCAGAGCGAGGAAGGCCUGAAAGCAGGUGCAGCUUAGAGCCGCUGGUCCAGAUGAGGUCGGAACGCCGCUCAUCGCUGCCGUGUCCGGCAACUCUAUCAUCCAUGCAGCUGUCUCGUCUCCACUCGUCCACUUGCGCUCCGGUGACUGCGAGGGUUUUGCUGCAUCGCUCGUCCUCUCGCCGCCUCCUGCCCACCCCACAGGAGGCCACCCCACCCCCACUUGAGAGAAGGCCGUCCCUAAUUGCCACCAUCCCCGAGGCCGUGCCACCCGAGAGGCGGGGCCAGUUUAGGAGACGUAACGUCAUGUCGUUGAGUGAUGCAUACAGCAUGUGUCUGAUCUGUCACAACGACUUAAACCAAGGAUCUGGUGGAACCAGAGAGCUGCAGUGUACACACACCUUCCACAAAGAGUGUAUAGAGGAGUGGUUGUGGAGGAAGCAGUCCUGUCCAACAUGUCAUGUUCAAGUGUCCAUGCCACAGCCCAUCUACUGGAACUCCACCAGGGUGAAAGUUCCCUAAGUCCUGCACACAGAAACACCCCUAAACUCACACUAUCUUCACUCAAGUCCUCUGACGACAUCUUUUUCCAAUUCAGCGGUGUAGAGGAAGACAGAUUUAUUCUUCCCAUCGACAGAGACCAGAAACUACUUAAAGAUUAGAAGCAAAACGUUUUGUUCUGUUAAUCAUCUGAUGGCCCCUCUACGUUGGGAACAACAGUUUUAAACACAUCAGAGGUGCCGUAAAUUGUAUAAUACACAACUUAUUAGAGACAUAAAUGGCCAUCUGUUAAGCCCAAGUACAACCACAGUAACCUCAGUUUUCCAUGUUCUACUUUCUUUUCUUUUUUUUUACAGCUAUGAGUCUUGUGAUGAUUUUUAAAUAAUAGUUAACAGUGUGAAGCAUAUUUUUAAAUCAACAUCUAACUAGAAAACUAUUGAAAAUACCAGGAUGUUAUUAUCAAACCCCUGCAAUAUUUUAAUAA